AUGCAAGUAGAACGAUUUAUCAUUAAAAUUAGUGGUAUAAAUGUUAAACAACGAAAAGUUGAUGAACAGGAUAGGAAGUAUGAAAAAUUAUCAUAUGCAUCAUCAAUUGUGAUAUAUAACCGAAUCCCGAAAACUGGUUCAACAACACUCACCAAUGCCAUAAUGUAUAAUUUAUGUCAUCGUAAUGGCUUCAAUGUGAUUCAUUUGAAUUUAACCAGAAAUCGUUAUCUGAUGAAUAUUGUGGAUCAACGACGAUUUAUUGAUAAUAUCACCAAUUGGAAAGAGCGAAUACCUGCUAUUUAUCAUGGUCAUGUUGCCUUCAUUAAUUUUAAUCGGUUUGGUCUUCCAAACCCGGUGUAUAUAAAUUUAAUACGAGAACCUCUCGAUCGGUUGAUAUCUUAUUAUUAUUUUCUUCGUUAUGGUGAUAAUUAUCGUGUUGGAUUAAAAAGAAGUCGAGCAGGGAACAAUGAGACGUUUGAUCAGUGCAUUGAGCGGAAAGGACAUGAUUGUGAUAUGAAGCAAAUGUGGCUACAAAUUCCAUAUUUUUGUGGCACACAUCAUUUCUGCAGUGAAGUGGGAAACAACCGUGCAUUAGAACAAGCCAAAGUUAAUCUCAUCAAUUAUUAUUUGCUAGUUGGUUUGAGCGAACAAAUGCGACAUUUCAUCGAAUUGCUAGAGUUACUGUUGCCAACAUUUUUUCGUGAUGCAUUGAAGAAUUUCGAUUCGCUUGAUGAAAAGCAUGCAAAUUUGCGGCACACAAACCUUAAAAUACCUCCCAAUAAAGCAACAGUUGAAGCAAUUCGUAAGAAUCCAAUAUAUAUUAUGGAGCGUGAAUUCUAUGAUUUUGCUCAAAAACAGUUCAAUGAAAUGAGACGAAGAGUGCUAGACGAGUCAGCAAAUGAAUUGCUUCCACCGCAGUUUCAUUAUGAAAAAAUCAAACCGGUAUAA